AUGAAUUUUUCGUUAACUUCAUUGGGUAUUGUAAUUAUUGGAGCAGCCACAGCAACAAUCUUAUUUGAUACUUAUGACUCUUUAGGAUUACGUGGAAAUAUAUUAACAUUAUUUUCAGGAAAUAAAGAGACCAGUUAUGAAAAUUUGGAUGCUUAUAAUUUGGAUGAAACUGGUUUUAUACCAACAAUUUUUAUAUUAUAUGCUCAUGGAAAAUUUUGCUACAAAUUUUAUCAUACACAUUCUGAAAAAUGUGUUACAAAUGAUAGAUUAAUGUCAACACCUGUCAGAGAAAUUAAUAAAUUAAGAAGAGAAUUAAAUAAAUUAGAAAAUCAUAAUUUAAUAUUUAAAGAAAAAAAUGUUAAUAAAGGAAAUAAAGAUGAAUCAAAAAAAAGAUAUAAUAAUGAGGAAAAUUUAAAAAGUAGUAAAAAAAAUAAUAAAGAUACAGAUCAACUUUAUAUAGACUUAACACAGAUAGAUGAAGAUUUAAAGAAAACAAAAAAAAAGUUAACAUAA